ACACACCACUGAUUUCACAAAGAAAGACAAACAUCAUCAUCAACACCAUCAACACCAUCAACACCAUCAACACCAUCACGGUAACCAUCAUCAUCAUCUCGCAACGAUGGGAGAAAUGUUACGGGACUUGCCCAGUCCCACAGUGCUUCCUGGUGCGUUUGCUGAUUGUGUCGAGAGCCUCCCUUUUAACUCUCCGGGGCCGUGAUGGGUAUCUGGGCUAGAGGCUAACUGAUUGCCUGGUUUCUUUUUCUUGGCGCAGGGAAAUGUGCUCCCAGAUUUUGGGCCGACUUGAUUGUCUACAACCCUCUCAGGAAAGAGCGUAAUUUCCUGCCCGACAAUCCUCCCCAUUUCAACCCCCAGCUUCAUGUGCCAUACGAACCGAAACACAAGCAUGUACUGGAUGUUAUAACAGAGAAAAGCUGCUCCCCUGGGGGUGGGAUAAUAUCUCUUGACCGGACAUACAGAAUUGCGGCUGUUUGUCAAUCGUGCCGGAUGCAUUUCACCAUCCAAGUUGAAUUUACAAAACCUGUCGAGUUUAACGCCGAAGUUAUCACAUGUCCGAAUAGGGGCGGCCGGGAUCAGUGUCGAGAUAACUUACUGCACCACUUCCGGUAUGAGUCAAAAGUGUCAUCGCCUGUGGAUAUCUCUCGCUACGACAAGAGGUCACGGAAGAGAUGGGUGGACAAGAGGGUUUUCUCGUGCUCUUCUACUAAUUGUCCCAUAGUUGUUACUGUUACCACCCAGCCUGCCAUGAUGAGACCGGACCUGAUAGAAUUGUUGCUUUCAGAGGGAAACUGUGAGGCUAGAGUUAAAGAGGCGGUGAGGAUAAAUCCGGAUGAGGUUCCUGUGGAUGCAGCACCACAAACUCCGUAUCAAGUUCUUGAGACCCUAUGUACCUAUAUCAAGAAUCACAAGGGCGGUGACCAACGGUCAAUCUUUGCUGAAAACAAGCGGUAUCUAUGUAAUAUAGGCGAAUGUGAUGAGGUCAUGCGGUUGGCGCAUUUUACCAAGUCUCUUGUAUGUUAUUCCUUACUUGCCGACCCUGAUUCUAUACUAAACCCGGCAGGAUCCUAACACAAACGCUUGGAUACCGGCCUCCCCUGCUCAGCUAGGCGACGUUAAUUCCCAGGCGCGACAGGAUCUUUGUGGGUUAUUGGAGGAAGUUACUAUACUAAUGGAUGAUGAGAGACGCAGGGGGGGUGCUCCCGCGAAAGGUUGGACUGUCGAUCGUAGGUUUGUCCCGGGAUGCUGACGAAUCGCAAUAGCCGUCCGUGUUCGUCAGAAAACCGAGAGAGCAGAGCUUGGAGCUAAAUGGCUCCUGGGAUUUCGUAAAUGUAGGUUUUCUGGAGAAAUUUGGGACGGCGGGUUGAACGGACCUCUAACAUUUCCACCUAGAUGAUACCACCCUUGGCUGGCUUGACCUUACGGCUCCGGAACAUCCGUAAGUGGAGGUCUAUUUAUAACUGAUACUUGGCUAAUUUGGUAACUAGUCACUACGCCGGCCUUGGUGCAGUAGGAGAUAUGUCAGACGCUCUUAUAAAUUGGGCGUUUGAGCGCCAACGAGCGUGUGAUCCGUUCAAUACUCCGUAUUAUUUUGAGUGCUUCGAAAGCAUAGCUAAAGGCAGAAAGAGCGAAACCCUACAAUUCGAUGUUGGGCGACUGCGUUCCGAAGGGCAGUUUACUGCGUCUGACCUUGAGAAUAGCUACAAGUCGCUAGACGUGGAUCCUGUUACAUCGGAUGAUGACUUGAUUGUUGGUGUGUUUAAGAGCCGAUUGGCGGAUGCUCCUCUUCAGGAGGUACCAAUGAGAGAGGACAUGAGGAUUAUUGGUACCGCUAGGAGGAGUGAGAAGAUUCUUUCGUUUGCAAAACAAGGUGAGUGGAAUACAGGUCGGGAAAUAUAUUUAGCUGAGGAAACACGCCCUUGAGACCUGCGAAGGGCUGGAAUAAGAAAGUUCAAUUAGGGUUUGCGAUGCGGCUAACAAGUAUAAUAGCUAUUGGAGAUGUAGCAGAAGCCUACAGGUGGCUUCGCGUCUUGGAAAACACUGAGGAUCAAUACAUACUCUCGACAUACAAAGUCCGGGUUGGGGACAACCCCAAUGACGAAAUAGUUGCGAGGAAUGCCUUGAAAGUGAUUGCGGAAAAUCGACAGAGUAAUAUUUUGUACGGCUUCCUUGAAGGCAAUCUCUAUGAAACUCCGUUGGAGAUAGGCGCUGCAUACAGUCGCUUGGGGAUCGACGAUUACUCUCUGAGUGAUGACUUGAUAGUCCAUGUUUUCGAGUUGAGAGUAAAUGGCCUGCUCCCUAAUUGUGCUACUGGCUAAUCAUCUCCCAGAAGGAUGAUACUCCCAGUCAAACACGAGACCUCCGAGCAGCGCUUAGAAGUAUUGGCCAAAAUAGGGACAGCGCCAGGAUUCAAUCAUACCUCGAGACAGGAAAUGCUGAUGGGAUUGCAAAGGGUUCUGUGGAGUGGCCUGUUGGGCUCGAAAACAUCGGAAAUACUUGCUAUCUGAAUAGCUUGUUGCAAUUUUACUUCACUGUAAGGCCGCUGCGCGAGAUGAUUCUCAACAUUGAUCAAUUCCAAGAGGAGGAGAUCAAUGAUGAGGUGGUUGAGAGGAAGAGAGUGGGAGGCAGGAAAGUCUCGAAGAAGGAGAUUGAGAGAGCCAAGAAAUGUGGGAGACAACUUAUGAUUGUGAGAUGCCAUUAGCUGAUAGUCUUGUGUUUGUAGUUGUUGGCCACCUUCGCACCUUGUUCCAGAACCUCAUAACAUCCCAGGCAUCGUCCGUCACUCCUGAGCGGGAUUUAGCUUACUUGACUCUUGUGAGUUCUAAAGAUGAGGAGGAGGAGGAGCGACGAAUGUCUGUGUCCUUCGAUGUACCAUUACCACCCCCGCCACCUGUUAUUUACAUCAACGAUGACGCGGAUGAUAAAAUGGAUAUUGACGAAAAGCCCCCACCCCAAUCCGAGACCGAUGAUACAACCAGCGAGGCCACCUUAGUGAAUGAGAACGAAGAUCUCCCACCUCCAUACCCGGGAACUGGCGAGGACUACGUGAUGGUCUAUCACGACGGAAAGCCAAACAGGGCCGAUGACAAAGAAAAUCUUCCCCCACUCAAGGAUAUCACCGCAGGUGUUGCCGGUGCUCCGCGCUCCCCACUCCAGGACAUUGAUAUGAACGAACCGCAGGCGGCGAGUGCGGUUCCCGCAGGCAAGGCUGGCCCAACAUAUGGCCCGCUGACCCCACCCCCAGAUGCGCCGGAUAUGCCGGAUAGACCACCUCCGGUUCCCCCACGCCCGGCUAAACAGGCUCCAAAACCAGACACAAAUCUUAUGUUCGGACGCCAGCAAGAUGUUACGGAGUGUAUUGGUAAUGUUAUGUUCCAGGUGGAAGCUGCCAUUAAACCGGAAUACGUUGACGAAAAUGGGGAACAGAUGGAUUUGGUGAAGAAGUAAGCCAUAUGCCUUCCUAGUCAGGGCUUUACUAACGUGAUUUAGACUGUUUUAUGGAAGGACCAAGCAAACGCUCUCUUUCCCGAACUCCGCUGAGACCAGGACUAAAGAGGUAUAAGUGAUCAUUCUCCCCUAUGCGGCGCUUAAAGCUAACAUGUUGGUAGGAAUUGUUUUCUCACUUGCUUGUCGAUGUUGCAGAAGGUGACAGAGACAUUUACUCUGCUCUCGAUAGCAGUUUUGAUAUUGAACAGGUUGAUCUGGAGGGACGAGAAGCCAAGCGUUUUUUAUCCAUUAGCCAUUUGCCACCAAUCUUGCAGAUACAGGUCCAGAGAGUUCAGUACGAUCGGGCUAGGGCUUCCGCAUACAAGUCAAAUUCGCAUUUGAAGUUUCCGGAGACAAUAUAUCUUGAUAGGUACAUGGAAACCGAUGAGCCCGAUCUUAAGGCAAAGCGGGAGGAGUCUUGGGUAUGGAAGGAGGAAUUGAAGGCGCUGGAGCAAAGAUUGGCGGAGCUGACGAAGACUCCUGUGAGAAUUCCUUAGUUGUUGAUAGAAUGCAAUACUGACACUAUCAUUAGGCUGGGAUCCGUGUCCCCGAGGCCCUCGAAUAUACUCACCAGUGGCUUUCUGAACUGAAAUCUGAUAUUGAUGAGAUAGAGGUCCAGCCAGCUCUGCUUAGGGAACUCGAACAGAGAGCAGUAUCUGUGCAACAGGAGAGUGAAUGUAUGAUUCCGCCCAGAGUGUUGACGUUCUUAAGACUGACGUGAGCUGGCAUGGUGCGAAAGCGAUUGAAGCCCGGAUCCAAGAGCUCCAGUCUCGAAUUGAGCAACAAUUUACAGGCUCGCGCAAGCAGGGUUAUCGCAUCCACUCAGUUUUCAUACAUAGAGGUAGCUAUACCCCUGAAAGCUUCUAUGGGCGUUGUCGCUCAGUAGGAUAAAUAUUAGGAUCCGCAAGCUUUGGCCACUACUGGAUCUACAUCUACGAUUUUCAGCGGAAACUCUUUCGAAAAUAUAAUGAUGGUUACGUGACUGAGGUGGCGGAUCCCCAAGAGGUCUUUACUCACGGGGAUAUAAACCCCCCUACGCCUUAUUUUCUUGGUAUGUCUAUCCAUAGACUAGGCAUAGAAUUUUUUUGAGAAUUCACACGAGCUGACUGAAUUUUUUACCCCUGCAGUCUUCGUAAAGGAGGACGAAUCCCUAAAUAUUAUGGAAGCUGUCCAGAGGCAGAUGGUCACAACUCCCUAAAUUUGAGAUUUAAUAAAACGAGGCGCAAUCUAGGGAGCUCUAGUGUCGGGUUCAUUCAAUCAAUCAGGGGGGAUAUUAUUAGAUAGCAUCCGGUACGCUUUAUUCAAUAAUGUACCAUAAAGUCUUUAUUAAAUAUUUCUUCACCUUC